GAUCGCAGGAGGAGCCCUCAAGAUGCUGGUGAUCGAGGACAAGGCCGGCGCCAUCGCGCUGAUGCUGGCGUCGCUCCUGUUCCUGGGCACCUGGCCGGUGCUGACGCUGCUGGAGCGCCGUGGCCGGCUGCCGCAGCACACCUACCUGGACUACUCCCUCACCAACUUCCUCGCCGCCGUGCUCAUCGCGCUCACCUUCGGCCAGCUCGGGGGCGGCAAGCCCAACUUCAUCCCGCAGCUAAGCCAGGACAACUGGCCUUCGGUGCUGUUCGCCAUGGCCGGAGGCGUGGCGCUCAGCGUUGGGAACCUGUCGACGCAGUAUGCCUGGGCCUAUGUGGGUCUGUCAGUGACUGAGGUCAUCAGCUGCAGCAUGGUGGUAGUGAUAGGCACGACGAUGAACUACUUCCUGGACAACCGCAUCAACAGGGCAGAGAUACUCUUCCCUGGUGUGGCGUGCUUCCUUGUUGCCGUCAUCCUCGGCUCCGCUGUCCAUGCCUCCAAUGCAGCUGACAACGAGGAAAAACUUAGGGCAAGUGAAAAUGCUCCCAAGGACUUGGAGAAUGGAGCCUCUGGAACUAAGCAUGUCACCAAAGCUGAGGCAGGCACUGCAGAAUUCCUCAUCGAGCUCGAAGAGCGGCGUUCCAUCAAGGUAUCCAGGUCAAGCACCUUCUUCGGGCUUGGUAUAGUGUUCUUCUCCGGCGUGUGCCUGUCGCUCUUCUCCCCGGCGUUCAACCUUGCCACCAACGACCAGUGGGACGCCCUCCCCGCCGGCGUGCCGCACCUGGCGGUCUACACCGCCUUCUUCUACUUCUCCAUCUCCUGCUUCGUCAUCAACGUCGUCCUCAACAUCCUGCUCCUCUACCGGCCGAUGGCCGGCGCGCCCAAGUCCUCCUUCAGGGCCUACAUCAACGAUUGGAAAGGCCGGCAGUGGGCCCUCCUCGCCGGCCUGAUCGGUGGCUUCGGAAAUGGGCUCCAGUUCAUGGGCGGCCAGGCUGCUGGCUACGCUGCUGCUGAUGCUGUUCAGGCAUUGCCGCUUGUGAGCACGUUCUGGGGCGUCGUUCUGUUCGGAGAGUACCGGAGGUCGUCGCGGAGGACUUACAUCCUGCUCGGGUUCAUGCUGUUCAUGUUCAUCACUGCCGUCGCGGUGCUCAUGGCUUCGUCAGGUCACAGGGGCAACGAGUGAUCACCCCUUAUGCUUCUCAAAUGAUGUUCAUCUUCUGUUUGCAAGCGCCAAACCACCCUUGCCGUCAGGAUGCAAAGAAAUUCAGGCAACAAGGCAAGGGCGCUGCUUCAGGAACCAACAAGGGGGAUUCCAUUCAUGAGAUUUAAAAUAAAAUGGAGAUGUAAAUAAAAAUGCUUGUGGUGCGAUUCCAUGAUAACUUAAAAAGUAUAGAACUAUAUGUAUGAUAGUUUUUUUUUUCUGUUCUUUCCAAAGAAUAUUUGCGGCAGAAAGGAUAGCAACUGAAAAUUGUUCAAGAAGUUUCUCAAUAAGCUUCUCAGACUUGUUGCGUUCAUCAUGCAA